AACCAGCUCACCAUCUCGAGUUAACUCCACAGGAAACAGAAUACUCCUUGCUUGACUUUACCCAAGCCAAGAGUAGACUCCUCAAACCCGCGUCCAGAACCCCCAAAAUAACCAUGGCAAUGUUCUCAUCCACCUUCCGCUGGCUGCAGCGCAAAAGAUACCAAUACGAAGUACAUACAUACAUCCCCCAAACCCCCUUCCAUACACUAUACCAUACCACCCAGCAAUUCCUCGCAGAAAAAUACGCUAACCGACACCCAGGUCACAUUCUCACUCUACAUGUUAACCCCCACCGAAAAAUUCAUCUUCAGUACGUUUCCGUUUCCCUUUCCCUUUCCGUUUCCCUCAUCAACACCAAAAUCAAACCCCAAACCAAAGCCUCUUUCCCCCGGCCCCCUUUCAACCCGGUGAACCCCUCUAACCAUACCCCCACAAACAGAUUCCUUCCUCUUCCUCUUCUUCUCCAUGAUCAUCAUAGCCGGAACACUCUACCUCCCACACCACGUAACCUUCGUCUUCCACCGCGCAUGGUUCUACUACAACGGCGAGGAGGGCGCGAAACAGCUCGCAGGUGGCGUGGCCGAAGCCGCAGCCGCCGCCGCGGCGACGAGUGGGAAUCUCAGCGAGACGGUCAAGAAGGUGGUCAGGCAGACGAUGGCGGCUGUGUCGGGUGGGGGGAAGGGUGCGGUGGAGGGGAAGAGUGAGUUGUGA